GCCCGGGCGGCGGGCUAGCUUGUGAAGUUUCUUGUCCCCGCAGAUCAAGACGUUCUGCAUGGUUCACGUGUGCAGGGGAACACCAUGAAGGCCGUUGCUAGAGCUCGCUCUCAGGCGCUCUGCUCAGCUCACCCUUGCUCAGAAAAGGCCCCCAAGCCAGGGCUUGCAUUGCAGAGGGGAGUGGCUGAUCCAAGAAGAAACAUUUCUCUGGAGCACGGAGGUGUGCUCAAGCGCAGAGCUGGGAACGCUGAGACUCUGUUCAAGCUGGGCCACCACCAAUUACCCAUGGACCUCCGUAAAAGGAAAACAUCCGUGAGGGCCACUGCGUCUGCGGCAGCUGCCGUGCCGCUUUCCUCGUCCCCUGAAGCCUCCCCCUUGCACCGAUUCGUGCAAGCGGGGCUCACAACCGUGAGUGGAGGCUUCGAUGUGACGGCGUGCUUUGUCAAAUGGAGCGCAGCGAUUCAGAUAUUCCUACUGAAGCACCCCAACUUCUUAACCAAGCUGGUGCUGGCGCUGUUCUAUAUGUACGACGCUCUUGUGAGCAACCUCGACAAGGACCCCGAGCAAGCGACGCUGACCACGCGCAAGCUCAAGUACCUCGGGCCGAACUUCCCCGCGUAUUCUGGACUCAUGGUUGGGGAUAUCAACGUGGUGAAGCAGCUCAUCCUGGGUCCCCAGAAGCGUGGCCCGUACAUCGCGUGGGGUCGCUUCGUCACCAAAGCGUUUCCCGACAACAUGCUCCUGUUCAUGAGCGACAAGGCGGCGGGCGGGACGGGCGAGCGCGAGCAGAUCAAGGCCCUGUUGAUGGACCUUUUUACGAGCGAGGCGGUCGUUGCGAGGGGCAAAGAUGAGGUUGCGCAGUCCCUGGUUUCAGCCUUCGCCAAAGAAGUGAAGGGCGGCGAGCCCGACACGUUCUCAUUUAGCACCGCUUACAUCCUGUACGUUGUUUUUGGUGUUACUCCAGACAAGGCGACGACGGAGCUCGUGACCAAAGGCAUCGUACCCUACAGCAUUUUCAGAAUCUCGCCGAUUGGCAUGUUCAAGUGGGGGCUCUCAGACGGAGAGAAGAAAGUGCGCGCUCUGCUCGCGCAGUCUCCCCUCGUGACCGGCGCAGACCUGAAGGGAUACGAUCGUGAGAAGUUUCUGGACGCGCUCAUGCCGAUCCUCUAUAUCGCGGCGAUUCCGGGGCCGGCGACCUUCAUCUCGUAUACGACGGCACUCCUCCCGAGCUCCUUUAAGUUUGACUUUGGAAGCGACGAGGCGAACUUGAACGCAAUGUACGAGGCGAUGCGCGCGCACCCCCCAGUGGCUUCUGUCUCAUCGUACCUACAGCAGCCGACGGAGAUCGACAUCGACGGCAAACGGCACCUGUUCCCGGCGGGCACCAAAGUCAUGUACAGCAUAAAGACUGCCAGCAAGGAUCCGUCGGUGCAUGCGGACGCCCUUACGGUCGACGUUACCCGGCCCAACCUGGCCGCCCACGUGCUCAACUUUGCCUCCUUCGGCCCCGAGAACUUUGGCCGGCAGUGCCCCGGGAGAAUGGUGGCGGAGAGACUGGGGAUGGAUCUGUUCAGGAAUUUAGGGAACUUGGAGUUCAGGACAACGCCAAUUGCGUAGAUGCCCGCAAACGGUAUUGAAGGCUUCGACGGUUUUCUUUUGGUGGGUGCGUCUCAUUAUGACAAAAGUGCUUUUAUCCCAACGAAUGUAUAUCCGGGAGUAUAUACACGAGACAUUUAUAGUUGAAAUAUAUGUAUUCUAUGUUCCAGUACGACUUUAUGUAAGGUGAAAACUAUUUGUAAAGUCGAAGGACCGUGUUUGGCAAAUAAUUAGAUUGUUAAUUCAGUAUGUACGAUCUUUCACAGGCUUUGCGGUGCUUUCCAUUGAGUUCAUCACAAUCAAGAUACAGGUAAGCAAUUUGCGGCUAUGGACAGAAAGGCCGGCUAGUCUUAGCGAUAGAGACGGUAUAACCAUAAUGACCUUUUCUUAGCAACAUUAGAAGCAGUCAUUAACAUGGUACACACGUACCAGAUAUAGUAACGAAUAGCUGCUCAUUUCAGUCCGACCAUUAUUUGAUAUUCCGACCACGCAGCG